AUGGAGUCUAACUUCCAGGACAUUAUCCCUGGGAGCGAUCCCUCGAAAGAGAGAAAACAUCCCACAGAAGCCUCACAUACCCGAACGAUGCCAGAGGAGCCACCGUCUGUCGAGUUUCUAUGUCAAGAUUGCGCCAAUCUGGAUCUUUCAGAAGCAUUCUCAGCCAAAGACGGUGCCUUUUACGACGCCCCCAUCAUCGCCCCUGGUUACUUUGGAUACUUCAACCUCUGGGCCGUUAAUGUUGGCCAUCGAUACCGAGUGACCAGAAUAACGGACUGUAUCCUAUGCCAAAUACUCUUCAAUUCUCGGGCCGAUGAAGGAGAUUCUGAAUUGGGUGGUGACGGCGACUGGAUAAGAGCGGUGUCAUUUUAUGACAUUUCUGGUUUAUUUGCGUUCGCGAAUGAGUCUAACGACUUUCCAUUUCUAAUGCUGUUUUCCAACAAAUGGUAUGAUCUGUGGAAGAACAGAGAGAGAGUCAGGCACCAUGUUCAACAAUCCGGGUAUGCAGCACUCCAACAGCUCAACCAGCAACACGCAGGACCUAUAUCACUAAAGGCAAUACCGCCGGAGCAAUCUAUUGCGGAGCAUGAGCCCGGCAUGCCGUAUGUCGCUUUGAGCUACGUUUGGGGACAGCCCCAGAAGCAAAGAGAGAUGGGUGACGGAAAACAGCUACCUGCUCAACUCCCAUUGCUUAUCCGAGAUGCUAUGGUGAUUACUCAGGCAAUGGGAUUCCGAUACUUAUGGGUAGACCGAUACUGCAUCGAUCAAAACAACUCAACGGUCAAGCAUGGGCAAAUUCGGCAGAUGGGUGCAAUAUACAGCAACGCUGAAGUGACUAUAAUCGCUGCAGCAGGCCAAGAUGAGAAUUAUGGUCUAUCAGGAGACCCCCAAGCAGCAAUCAAAUCAUCCAAAUGGUCUACUCGAGGAUGGACUUUUCAAGAGGCGGUCCUCAGCCGUCGCCGCCUUGUUUUCACGGAACAACAGGUAUACUUUGAGUUGCACAUCGACGACAGAAGCAAAAGCCACCAGGACGGACCGAAUGAAGUUUUCGGUCGCUAUCUGUCGAAUGUUGAAGAGUAUUCCACCAGAAAAUUGACCUAUGCCGAGGACUCCCUGAACGCAUUUCGAGGUAUUGCGCAACAGUUCUGGUACAGAAAGCACGCCGUUCACAACAUUUGGGGGAUGGCAUACCGAAUGGCACCAGAUAAACGAACAUCUAGUUUCGUGCAGUCACUCACUUGGCGCCACGCAAAGAAUUGCUGGGAUCUCUCACAGAGUCCACAACGGCGACCGCAAUUCCCUUCCUGGUCAUGGGCAGGAUGGGAAGGCGAAGUCCGAUAUGAAUUCAUGUUCUCUAAGCAUACGUCGUGGUUCGUCAAUCUAAUGAGCGCCGUUUCAUUUGAGAAUCAAAUCGAUAGUCCCAUAGCACUGGAGAUGAUCGAGCCAAACCCUAAUGAGACUUGUAUUUUCCCCAUUGUGAUACUCACCGCAGCAGUCAUUCCCUCAGAGCUCAUUUCCUUUCACCCCGAUGCAACUCCGAGGCAACACUGGCGGAUAGGGGAAUACAAAGCAUUCCUAUCAUUGUCUUAUGAGUCUGUGUCUGAAUGUCAAUUCGCCAACGAUAUUCAUGAUAGUCAUACAUGGCAAUGCGUCUGUAUCGGAGGGGUUCUCGGAAAGUCGUCGGUCAUGAUUUUGAAAGUAGGUGACGGCUCGGAUGUGUGGGAACGGGCUGGAGUGUUUGCUCUUGAGUGCUAUGCGUCCGACUUAAAGGACAUGAAGGAAACCUGGGAAUAUAAAUCAUUUAGAGUUGAAUAA